CGGCGGCAAACGGGGCCCUCGGCGACAGCGACGAGGGGCGGCGGCAGCAGCAGGCGCAGCAGCAGGCGGCGCCCUCCCUCAGCAUGGUGAAGCUCACAAAGUCCAAGACCUUCCAGGCGUACCUGCCCAACUGCCACCGCAAGUACAGCUGCGUGCACUGCCGCGCGCACCUGGCCAACCACGACGAGCUCAUCUCCAAGUCCUUCCAAGGGAGCCAAGGAAGGGCGUAUUUGUUCAACUCUGUAGUGAACGUGGGCUGCGGGCCGGCAGAGGAGCGGGUUCUGUUGACCGGGCUGCACGCGGUCGCCGACAUCUACUGCGAAAACUGCAAAACCACCCUGGGCUGGAAAUACGAGCACGCGUUCGAGAGCAGUCAGAAGUACAAGGAGGGUAAGUACAUCAUCGAGCUGGCGCACAUGAUCAAGGACAAUGGCUGGGACUGAGCCUCCCCUCCGCCCACCACUUCGGUCAGCAGUCACUUCAGAGCCCCCCCCCCUCCUCCCCCCGGC